CUUCAAUCCAGAGUUUGGAGAUAAAUAAUGUCCAACUCUCAAAUCGAAUCAACUUGUGCAUCUCUUCUACAAGAACUUGAGAUUAUAUGGAACGAGAUUGGAGAAACUGAAACAGAAAGGGAGAAGAUUUUGAUUGAGAUCGAAGAAGAAUGCAGAGAAGUUUACAAUCGAAAAGUCGAAAAGUGUGAAGAAGAGAAGAUUCGGAUAAAACAAGAGAUUGCGGAUUCAGAAGCAAGAGUUAUUGAUAUAUGUUCUGUAAUGGACGAGCCACCAAUUCUUGGAAGACAACAUCAAUCUGAUCAACAAAAUGGGAGAAGCUUGAAAGAUGAGUUAGUAAAGAUUCUUCAGAAACUUGAGGAAAUGGAAAAGAGAAAAUCAGAGAGGAAGAAACAGUUUAUUCAAGUAAUUGAAGAUAUAAGAUGUGUAAGAGAUGAGAUUAAUGGAGAAUCUGAUGAGAGUACUUGUUCAUUUGAUUUUUCGGUUGAUGAAUCCGAUUUAUCUCUUAAAAAGCUUGAAGAGUUACACAGAGAGCUUUAUACACUUCAAGAACAAAAGAGAAACCGGGUGAAACAGAUUCAAGAUCAUCUAAAAACUCUCGAAUCGCUUUGUUCGGUUCUCGGUUUGAAUUUUCGAGAAACUGUCACCACGAUUCACCCAAGUUUAGUAGAAUCUGAAGGGUCAAGAAGUAUAAGUAAUGAAACACUUGACAAGUUAGCUUCAUCAAUAAAACAAUGGCAUGAGAUAAAGAUACAGAGAAUGCAAGAACUUCAAGAUCUCGUGACAACGAUGCUUGAGUUUUGGAAUUUAAUGGAUACACCAGCAGAAGAACAACAAAAGUUCAUGGAUGUUUCAUGUAAUAUAGCUGCUACUGUUUCAGAAAUAACCAAACCAAAUAGUCUUUCUAUAGAUUUGCUAGAAGAGGUUAAAGCUGAGCUGUGUCGGUUGGAGGAGUUGAAGUGGAGCAAAAUGAAAGAACUUGUUCUAAAGAAAAGGUCAGAGCUUGAAGAGAUAUGCAGAAGAACACACAUAGUUCUUGAAGAGGAAGAAGAUAUCGCGGUUGAGAAUGUAAUCAAAGCCAUUGAAUCAGGAGAUGUGAACCCUGAAAAUAUACUAGAACAGAUCGAGUAUCGAGCUGGGAAAGUGAAAGAGGAAGCUCUAAGCAGAAAAGAGAUUCUUGAAAAAUCAGAGAAAUGGUUGAAUGCUUGUGUGGAAGAGAAUUGGCUUGAAGAGUAUAAUCAGGAUGAAAACCGAUACAACGCUGGAAAAGGAUCUCAUUUAAUCCUCAAACGCGCAGAGAAAGCUCGUGCUCUUGUUAAUAAACUUCCAGCUAUGGUUGAAGCAUUAGCUUCCAAGAUUACUAUUUGGGAAUCAGAGAAAGAAUCUGAGUUUCUCUUUGAUGGUAAUCGCCUACUUUCGAUGCUCGAAGAAUAUACGGAACUCAGAGAAGAGAAAGAACAAGAACGCCGCAGAAAAAGGGAUCUGAAGAAACUUCAGGGUCAAGUGAUAUCAGAGCAAGACAAAGGAAGUGUUACGAAGCCUCAAAGCGCGAAAAAGGGUCUUAAAGUGUCAACUAACAAGAGAUUUGUCUCAUCACCUCACACUCCUGGAACUGAUUCGCCUCAAGUAUUUUGUAAUUUUGGGAAAUUUGUGGGUAAUAAGAAAAUGGAGGAGAAAGGUGGAAUAAGUCCAAGUGGGGUCGUCACAGUUAAGGAAGAUGAAGCUUUGGUUCCAAGAACAGAGUUUCAACAAAACCCUAGCUUUCUCCAAUUCGUGAGUCCCACGACGGUAGUGACUCCUCUGCCUCUUCCACCAGCUCCGUCUCCGGCUCCGGUUCCAGCCACCGUGACUCCUGACUCAGCCGCAGCAUCGACCGGAUCAGAUCCGACGAAGAAGAAGAGAGGAAGACCGAGGAAGUACGCACCAGAUGGAAGUCUAAACCCUAGGUUUUCGAGACCAACUCUGUCUCCAACUCCAAUCUCAUCUUCGAUUCCAUUGUCUGGAGAUUAUCAAUGGAAACGAGGCAAAGCUCAGCAGCAGCAUCAGCCUCUUGAAUUCGUCAAGAAAUCUCACAAAUUCGAGUAUGGAAGCCCAGCUCCUACUACUCCUCCUCCUGGACUCUCAUGUUAUGUGGGUGCAAAUUUUACGACCCAUCAAUUUACUGUCAAUGCCGGUGAGGAUGUGACGAUGAAGGUUAUGCCGUAUUCGCAACAAGGAUCUCGAGCUAUUUGCAUUCUUUCUGCAACUGGUUCGAUCUCCAACGUCACUCUUGGUCAGCCUACCAAUGCAGGUGGCACUCUUACAUAUGAGGGUCGAUUUGAGAUACUAUCGCUAUCUGGUUCCUUUAUGCCUACUGAAAAUGGAGGAACAAAAGGUCGGACUGGUGGGAUGAGCAUUUCUUUAGCCGGACCAAAUGGCAAAAUCUUCGGUGGUGGCCUUGCCGGUAUGCUUAUAGCAGCCGGUCCUGUUCAGGUGGUAAUGGGAAGUUUCAUUGUGAUGCACCAAGCAGAACAAAAUCAGAAGAAGAAACCUCGAGUUAUAGAGCCUUUUGCUCCACCACAACCACAACCACCAUCACAACUGCAACAACAACCUCCUACUUUCACCAUAACCACCGUGAAUUCAUCUUCUCCAGCUGUAACCACCGUAGAGGAGCCGAAACAACAACCUUACGGUGGUGGUAUUGUGAGACCGAUGGCUCAAGUGCCUUCUUCAUUCAACAACGACAACUCAACUAUGAACAAUUUCACACCGCCCUAUCACGGAUACGGGAAUAUGAACACGGGUACUAACAAAGAAGAACAUGAAGACGACGAUGGUGGUGAAGAUGAUGAUUCGGGCGAUACUAGGAGCCAAUCUCUUAGUGGUUGAGCAAUUCUCGGAUUAAAGUCAGAAAGUUUUCUUGUGUAGAAAGGAAGGGAGCUUAAAGGAUUCAGCUUUUCUUUGCUUUUUUAGAGGUUUGUUUUAGUUGUGUGAGGGUUUUCUUCUUUUGUGUGUUUUCUAAUUUCUAGCAGUUUUUUUUUCUUUGUGAUCGGUUUAGAUUUAACUAUGUCGAAGUCAUAGACUAAACGAUGUUCUUAUUGUUGAGGUCAUUGGGAUUAAAAUUUAGUAAGACUU